GGUUGUUGACAAAUUCUUAGCAAAAUGAAAGAGCGAAAUAAAAGCGAGCGAUUUGCAAAAUUGAAAAAGAAGCAAACACCAAUCGACAACAUUGUGUUCGAUAACAAUUUUUCUUUUUACCGAGCUCUGCGAUGGCGAUUUGUGUGAAAAUGACUCACGUAAAAGCUAUUCGCAUUUGCUAAAUGGCGUGAAAAGAGUAAGCAGAAGUGGGUGGGGGAAUGGAAGAAGAUUGAUUGACUCGUUGAGCUGGAGGUUUUGCUAAACAAAUUACAGUAUGGUCAGUUUUGUAAUCUGUGUCCCAUUCCUUUGACAAUGUAUAACAUUGUUGGCGAACUACAAAAUGGCCGCAGUGGUUAUUUGAACGUUGUUUGUGAAAACCCUGACUGUAGAGAAGUCAACCGUGUUGCUUAUGGAAAGCAGCACCAUCUCAAGAUCAGGGGAAUGCCAUGCUUUGACGUAAAUACCAAGCUUGGAACAGCAAAGAAAGUCAGUUUGGGCAGGCCGGUGAAGGUAAAUAACUUCCUAACCACUCUAAACAUAACGCUUAUUGCCAAUAGAAAUGUUAAGAAGAUGGAGGCUCGUGCUGGGAAGGCCAUCAAGAAAAUCUCAACUGCGUCGUCUAACAAGGCUGCCAUUGAUGCUUAUGAGAAAGAAAUGGAUUCGAGGUACAGUAAUGCCUGAUAUUACUCAUAUUGCUGCUGUUCAUUUGAAGACGGGUUUUAAGUUCUCGACAUAUGUGAAGACAACAGUGCCAAUUUCUUCCGAAGCUCAGAAAGUGUUUGGCAUUUCUGUUGAUGAUCAUGUAAAAAUGCGUGUAAAUGGUGGAAGUGUUGAUAGGGUUUCAAUUAAAACUUAUCUACAUGAUUGUAUGAUGUGGCUUGCAAAGUGUCCCAGAGCCAUUUUUGUUGCUCAUAAUGGGCGCAGGUUUGAUUUUCCGGUUUUGGUAAGUGCAUUGCUGAACACACACUGUUUUGAAACGUUUUGUAAUUGUGUACGCAGUUUUGUUGAAAGUUUUGCCGGUUUUCAAAAAUCGUAUCCUGGACAGUCACACAAACAGGAAGAUCUAGUGAACGUGUACUUAAGGCAACCUGCAACGCCCACAGUUCUCCUGAUGAUGUUGAAGCACUGGGAUCUUUGCUUAAAACAUGUAAAAUUACUGACAAUAUGGCCCACAUCUUAACUGUAACUGCAAUCAAUAAUUCAGUUUGUUUAAGUCAUGAAAAGCCUUAAAGGCAAAGAACAUUAGAUUGUUAGACGUGCUGUUGCAUAGAGGAACUCUAAAGCGACCAACAGAUGAAAACAUUUCGGGAUAUGGACUGGCGUUGUGUCAUUUGAAAGCCAUAUUUUCUAGUUCCGGAGAGGAUGACUUUAGGGAUACUUUCAUUGUUAAAAACAAUGAGGGACUACCAAAAGUCACAAACGCAAAUUUUUUUUUUAUCUGAAGUGGUCCCUAAAAUCGGUCAGUUUUUCAGUGACGAAAAGUGACGGAACGAGAUAAUAUGGCUUUCAAAUGACACGCGGUCAGUCAAAAUCACGCAAUGGCUUAAUACUGAUUCUAAAUUAUGUACAUCUAGUUGUCAUUAAUCUGGCUGUUUUUAUUAAAAUAUAAGUUGUAUAUUAUUGUGCUACAUGUUUAAAGAAACAUGAUAACUUAUACAUCUUUAUGCUACGUAAUAUUGGAACAACUUUGACAUUUUGUGUUGAACUGCGCCUGUAUUCAUAUGUUGCCUUUUGACUUUAGCUUAGUUUAAGAUUGUAUUAUUAGCUCGGCUGUUUUCGGAGAAAACUCCGAAGUAUUUUCAUAGCCUCUUCGUCGUCCGCCGUCCGACGUCCGCCGUCGUGCUGAAACCUUUACAUUGGCUCUAAAAUUAAAGUGCUUCCACCUACAACUUUGAAACUUCAUAUGUACAUGCACCUUGAUGAGUUCUACACGCCACACCCAUUUUUGGGUCACUAGGUCAAAGGUCAAGGUCACAGUGACCUCUAAUAUAAAACUUUAACUUUGCCUCUAAUAUCAUAGUGCUUCCACCUACUACUUUAAACUUCAUAUGUACAUGCACCUUGAUAAGUUCUACAUGCCACAUCCAUUUUUGGGUCACUAGGUCAAAGGUCAAGGUCACUGUGACCUCUAAUAUAAAACUUUAACGUUGCCUCUAACAUCACAGUGCUUCCACCUACAUUUUUGAAACUUCAUAUGUACAUGCACCUUGAUGAGUUUUACACGCCACUCCCAUUUUUGGGUCACUAGGUCAAAGGUCAAGGUCACAGUGACCUCUAAUAUAAAACUUUAACUUUGCCUCUAACAGCAUAGUGCUUCCACCUACAACUUUGAAACUUUAUAUGUACAUGAAUCUUGAUGAGUUAUACACACCACACCCGUGUUUUGGUCACUAGGUCAAAGGUCAAGGUCACUGUGACCUCUAAUAUAAAACUUUAACUUUGCCUCUAACAUCACAGUCCUUCCACCUACAACUUUGAAACUUCAUAUGUAGAUGCACCUUGAUGAGUUCUACACGCCACACCCAUUUUGGGUCACUAGGUCAAAGGUCAAGGUCACUGUGACUUCUAUAAAAAAAAUCUGACAAGCUUUCGCAGCCGAGCGUGGCACCCGUUAUGCAGUGCUCUUGUUAAUGUAUAAUUAUAUCAAUAUUAAUUCAAAGUUAGCUAAAUUUCUUCACAUGUCAUGGUUUUAUAACUGUAGCUUUUAAUAAGCAACUAGAAAACCCCCAAAAAGAAGUGAUAUACACAUUUAUAUUUAAAUUCAUUGCGUGAAAAUGAAUUGGGGUAUGCAUACUCAAAGUAAAAUUUCUUGAGAUAGGAACGGUAAACUUCCUGAAAUUCAUUCAGUGUAUAGAAAAUAUGUUGUGUUAAAUAAAUGUGUACAAUAUAUGCAUGUCAUCAUAAUACAAGUGACAUAAAACGUAAUUAAAGUUUCUUGUCACUGAA